UUUUGGGUGGGCUGAGGUUGGAUGUGUUUAUAGCUGCAUUUUAUUUUUAUUCCGUUUAAGAUUCUGAUGAGAAUAUGUAGUUGACAAACGAGAGAUGUAAUUUAGUGUGAGACACGACUGAAAAAAAAAUCUUUAUGUGUAGGUAUUUGGUGCUUUAACUUUUAAUCAUCAUUUUCUUCUGCUCAAGAGGUUAUGAAUUUUGUUUGUUUAUGUUCAUGUCCAUCAUUCAAAUAAUCGGUAACAAGAAUGGAUUCCAACGGCCCUAAGCAAAUGUGUUGUGAUCCCUGUGCCAAAUAUUUAUCUUAUUUGAAAUGUAUCGAAGGCAAUGGCGUAUAUGUCUCUGAUAUACCUUUUCGAGUGUCAGAGGAAGAACUCUACCAUGAAUUCAGUCGCUAUGGUCAAAUAGCAGAUUUUUACUUUGCUGACAGCAAGACAUAUUGUCUUGUUAAUUAUGAAGAGAGAAGAGCAGCAGAUGACGUUCUCAUGUAUCCAGUGAGAAUUUUUGGAAGAGAAGUAAGAAUCAGACCACGAUUCACAUCUCCAGCUGAUGAAGAAAAGAGAGCAGCACUGUCUCAUGUCCCUGAGCAACAUGACGAGAUUUGGAAAUCAAUUCCACAAGAUAGAGAUUUUAAGGACCAAGUUGCAGAAUUUCUUAAGGCAGUGCAACCAGACGAUGAUUCCUCUAGGAAGCCAUAUGAAGUGUGUAAAGACAUUGAAAACGCUCUGAAACACCUGUCGGUAACUUACAAAAUCAUACCUUUUGGGUCAUCUAUAAAUGGUCUUGCUUUGAAGGACUCUGAUUUAGAUAUCUUUUAUGGCAGAGAGCCUCAAUGCAGAGGUGCAGAAGUUCUUGAUGUCUUUAGAAAAGUUAAAAAUGUUUUAGAAAAGGUGAAGAUUAUAGAGUCAAUGAGACCAAUUCCAAAUGCAAGAGUGCCCAUCAUCAAGUUCAUCCAUACGGCCACUGGACUUAAUUGUGAUCUUUCCUUUAAAAAUGCAAUGGGAGUACAAAACAGCAAGUUGCUCAGAUUUAUAGGUUCUUUGGAUGAAAGAAUUAAGCAGUUUUUCAUUAUUGUCAAAUAUUGGGCCAAACUUCAUCAUCUUACUGGAAGACGCCUUUCUAAUUAUGCGCUCACAUUACUUAUUAUAAAUUUUCUUCAGUCACUUAAUGAACCUAUACUUCCUCCUCUUCAUGAAUUGCAACAUGCCGGAGUGGCCCCUAUAAACAUUGGUGAUUGGAAUACCAACUUUGAUGACAGUAUCACCAGAUUGAGACCAAUUUCAAAUGAUCUUCCAAUUGAGGAACUUUUAAGUCGUUUCUUUGAAAGUGUAGUGCAAACAGAUUUUGCAAAUUAUGUUGUGAGCCCAUAUCUUGGUUCCCUUAUUCACAGGGAUGUGUUUCAUCAAAUGGUUAAAUUACCUAAAGAGUUGAAAAACUACAUCUACCAUUUGAAUGUAGGGAGGUCACGCCUGUCGAUACAAUCACCUCUUUGUAUUCAGGAUCCUUUUGAAUUAAAUCUGAAUGUUUCAAAGAAUGUUCCAAUCCAUGACUUUAAGUGUUUAAGAGAACAUUGUGCAGUGGCAUCACGGCUGAGCUUUACAUCGCCUCCCCACUUAUUUCUUUCAAAACUUCUCUCAACCUCCUACAAAUAUCCAUCACGGAAUGAAAAUACAAAGGGAUGGCUUCCCAAUCCCAUGCAUGUUCGUCCACUGAAGGGAUACAUGACGUUUCAUGUUCCUCGCCCUGAUAAUGUGACUGAUGAGAUUAUAUGGAUGAAUAAUGUGACACAAAGGAUAACUUUAAUUUUCAAGAAAAUACUAAAAAUUCAUGUGGACAAUUCCACUUUGAAAAACGAUACAAAACCAGGUGGUGACCAGAAUCUAGAAUGCAAGGGGUCACAAGUAUUAUGGUUAGAGAGGAAUAAACUAUGGGGUAAAUGGCACUCCAAAUUGUCUGCUGUUUCAGACAGUUCUGGGAGUGGUGGUAGUGGUGGAAUUGAGGUUGUGCUUGUUUCAGAUGAAACUCAAAGUACCAGCUUAGAGAUUCAGCCAGAAAAGAGGAAGCGUGAAGAAGAGGAAUCAACAGAAAGUAACAAAAGGGUUAAACUAAGUAGUGAUGAAAACCAACAAGGGUCAACACAUGAUGAUUUAGAUGUAAUUGAUCUUGGCAGUGAAGACACAGUAGUAACUAAAGAGGCAGCUUUAUUUUCUAGAAGUCUUCAUGAUGAAAUCAGCUUAACAAAUGAAAUGGUGAAAAAAGGACAUGCUUUACCCGCUUCUCAUGUCAUACUGGAUUUUACAUGUAAGAUUUGCAGAAGCAGCAGUAAUAUCCGAAUUGAAAUCUCUGACCACAGAUCUCGUGUCAACUACUUUCCCUCUCUCUGUCUGUUUUUGGAAGACUUCCUAGGCAAGCAUAUUACUGAGGCAGAAAAUCCAUAGUUCUAGGGUUAUAUAUGGUGCUGAUGUAUUACUAGUGUAUGCCAAUUGACUUAUAUUUAUUUUUUGUUAUCUUGACAAAUUAUUUUCCUAUACUCAAAUCAUGUUUAUUGUUGCAAGAAAAGUAAAAUUUAUAUGUUAAGUGAUAGUGAUUUCAAUAUCUAGGGAAGUACAUGAAGACACACCCAUGUAUAGAUUUAAGUAAUUUUUCUUUAAUAAAAUAUAAAAAUAACAAUGUA